GAAAUGCUGUCUUUUCUCUGUGAUCAUCCUUCAAGUCCAAGAGUCUUCCAUUGGAAAACUGACGAGGAUCAAAUGGGUUGAGAGCAAUGGGCCCUCCUUUUCUGGCAGAGGAUUCUUUGUUAUAUUUUUAAGUGCCAGGGCGUGAAACUGUGAAUCCCUCCUUCCUACACUCCUGUUUCCUGCAAACCACCCUCCAAGCCAACCAGAUAGAGGAUUGGCCAUAACUGGAGUCCUGAAUGGCUGCGUUACUGAUCCCACGGAGGAACAGAGGGAUGAGGACUCGCCUGGGCUGCCUGUCUCACAAAUCAGACUCAUAUAAUGAUUUCACAGCUAUUCUUCCGGACAAGCCCAACCGGGCUUUGAAAAGACUGUCAACAGAAGAAGCAACGAGAUGGGCAGACUCUUUUGAUGUCCUUUUGUCCCAUAAAUAUGGGCUGGCUGCCUUCCGUGCUUUCCUGAAGACUGAGUUCAGUGAGGAGAACCUGGAGUUUUGGCUGGCCUGUGAAGACUUCAAGAAGACCCGCUCAGCAGCCAAGCUGGCUGCCAAGGCACAACGCAUCUUUGAGGAGUUCAUUGACGUUCAGGCUCCCCGUGAGGUGAACAUUGACUUCCAGACACGGGAGCUGACAAGAAGGAACAUGCAGGAGCCCUCCCUUUCUUGCUUUGACCAAGCCCAGGGAAAAGUGCACAGCCUGAUGGAAAAAGACUCAUACCCCAGGUUCCUGAGAUCCAAAAUCUACACAGACCUGCUGUCUCAAACCCAGAGGAGGCUCAGCUAGAACAGCAACGGAACCCGUGUGCUUCCCACAACAGCAACAACCCAUCUCUAAGUGUUCCAUGGGGUUAAAGGCAGUGGGAAUGAGAGA